AUGUUCAGUUUCUCUCUUCAUUUCCUCUUUUUCAUGGAAAGGAUUGGAGAACGACAUCAAAGAUUAUUCUGGAAAGUUUUCAUCUAUCUAUCUAUCUAUCUAUCUAUCUAUCUAUCUAUCUAUCUAUGUCUGUUCAUAAUUGUCUAUCUAUCUAUCUAUCUAUGUCUGUUCAUAUCUAAUCUCAUAUAUGGACGUUAUUAUAUUUCCUUGUCACAAUUCAUAUUUUUCCUUUCCUCGUCGCAACGGCCUCAAUCUUUCAUUCCCCUCUUUUCUCUUCUCUUCUUGUUCGUCAGUUUUGCACCAGUGAAAAGUUUGGAGGAGGAUGGAGUCCGUGAUGAAAAUGCAGACGUUAGUUUAUUGCUGAAUUCAUUGACCGGUCGUUUCCGCCCUCCGGCCAAACGCCAAUUCUGUCCGCCUGGAUAUUUUUAUAAUCCGGUGUCUACAUCUUGCAUGGCUUCUUUGUCAGUGAGUAUGAAUCGGAAAAUCGUGACUAGAUUCCUAUUAUCUUUGUUCAUCAGUCUUUCAGACAUUUUUCUUUAUCUUUCUCCUUUCGUUCAUUUUGAUUCGUUUUCAAUUUUUUCUUUCUCUUUUCUUUCAUUACGUUUCCUUUUUUCUUUGUCCUUUUUUCAUUUUUAUUCGUUUUUCUUUAUUCUUUCAUUCAUUUUUCGUUUCCUUUUUUUCUUUUUCUUUCUCAUUUCUUUCAUUUUUAUUUGUUCUUCUUAUUCUUUCACCUUUUAUUCGUUUUCCUUUGUGCUUUUUUCAUUUUCUUUACUUUUUCUUUUUUUCCCUCUCCUUUCCUUCCUUCCUUCCUUCCUUCCUUCCUUCCUUCCUUCCUUCCUUCCUUCACUCUCUACCUCUCUCCAUCCAUCCAUCCAUCCAUCCAUCCAUCCAUCCACAUGUCUUUAUUCAUUGUCUUAA